AUGUCGUCGCAACCACAGGACAAUGCCCGGCCAACUCUGCAUCAGCGCGUCUCUUCCACUUACCAUUACUCGACCUUUCCGACUGCACCGCCGAAGAACGCCGGUCGACCGCCAUCCAAGCGAGAUAUGCAGAGCCAGUGCGACGACAGUCACGACGGCGAUCAUGUCGCCCAUGAAACCCCUCUGCCCAAGAGCCAACUCGCCGUGCUCGCCAUCAUCGCCUUGGCCGAACAGACCGCCCUGAACUCCAUCUCACCCUACCUCCCGGCCAUGGCCUCAACAUUUCCAGAGGUGGAGGAGACCCAGAUUGGUCUCUAUGUCGGCCUCAUUGCCUCGUCCUUUGCGCUGGCUCAGUUUGCAACAAAUUUCCUCUGGGGAUGGUUGUCGGACAGGAUUGGAAGGAAGCCCGUGGUGCUGAUAGGGACACUAUUGACUGCAGUCGGCUUCGUGGCAUUUGGAUUCUGCAGGACAUUGUGGCAGGCGGUGUUGGUCCAGGUAUUGAUGGGCCUGGUCAAUGGAAAUCAGGGCGUCAUCAGCACUUGCCUGGGAGAAAUAACGGAUCGCUCCAACCAGAGCCGGGCUUUCACAUAUCUGCCCGUGAUCUACGGCCUGGGAGGCAUCACGGGUCCGCUGGUGGGCGGGCUGCUCGUAUUUCAGGACAACCCAUUCCGUCCGGGUACCCCAAACCCAUACCCAUAUCUACUGCCGAAUCUGUUCUCGGCAGUGGUGCUGCUGAUUGACUUUGUCGUCACAGCAAUCCUUUUGCAAGAAUCUUUAGAGGCGGCCAAGGAUCUUCCUCCAAUGUCGCACCGGAUUCGAAGCCUGUUUGCGUGGAUUUGGCAGUUUACAAGUGCGUCUCGCCCGACCUAUGUUCGACGCGCAGGCAAGGGUACUAAACACGCUUCCCGCCUUCCUACUUCUCGACAGCCCUUGACAGGGAGUGAGGACCACGAAGACGAUGAGGGUGAUUCCGACGAGUCGGACGAGUCAAGCCGCCUGCUCCCAUCAACUCUGCUUGACGCACAGGAGAGCAUCCCAAGCCACGUCAUUUUCACCCGAGACACCAUCCUCCUGCUGGUUUCCUAUCUCAUUUUCCAAUUGAGUAAUGUCAGCUAUAACUCACUCUACCCGAUCUUCUCCGAAGCGAAGCCUCCCAUAGGACGUGCGCUCUCUCCCGGCGAGAUCGGAACAAGUUUGGCAUUCGCCGGAGCCAUCACCAUCGUCUUUCAGGUCGGAAUCUUUGGCAAGCUGCGAGAGAAAAUGGGUAACAAGGCCACCUAUCGGGCCGGUCUCGCUGGAUUCGCUGUCGCAUUCAUACUCAUGCCCUGGAUCGGCUACAAGGACGGCGGUAAUGGGGCCGGCCGCACUACCCAGUCGGGCAAGAUCUGGCUUUGGAUCGAGCUCGGCGCGGUCUUGAUCAUCAAGACGGUCGCCUCUGUAGGAGGCCUGACCUCUGCCUUGCUCUUGAUAACGAACACCGCGCCUUCACACGCUGUUCUAGGCACGCUCAACGGGCUGGCACAAACGUUGAGCGCGGGUGGUCGUGCGGCAGGCCCCCUUGUAAGUGGCGCGCUCUUCACCGCUGCCACGGAAAUUCACCCCAAAGGCGAAGCCAUGGUGUUUGGGGUCUUUGGCGGCAUUGCAUUCCUGGGAUUCCUUAUGAGUUUCGGCAUUCGCAGCCCUGACCUUGAAGCUGAAGGCUGGAAUGAAAGCGAUGACGAGAACGAUGAGGAGGAGGGAAGUGACGCCGAUGGGGACAGCAUCGCCGACACGCCGACGCGAUCACGAUGA